AUGGAAGGAAAGGAGCAUGCUGAUGAUCAUGGUGUAGACAUUGGUGGUGGAAUGUGGUUUUUUGCUGGUUGGGUGGUGAAUUUUCGGCGGUGUGGAGACGUUGGUGGUGGGUUUUUGGUGGUUGGGAGGUGGAUUUUCAAGGGUGUUGGUGCUAGAUUUUCGGUGGGUUGGGUGGGUGGUGGAUUUUCAGUGGUGAUGGUGGUGGUUUUUGGAAUGGUGGAGAUGUUGGUGUUGUGUGGUGGUUGA